GUCACAAAUGUGGAUGGGGGGAAGAGGACAGACUUCAUGCAGGACUGGAGUUGGACAAGGUUCAGGGCUGAGAACACACCUUACUACCCUGGCUUGCCCUUCUCUACUUUCAAGACUGAACCAAUGUGCCCUAUAUACAAGGCGAAGGAUACACCCGGUCACUCCACGGCGGUUAGAGUGGAGAUUCACUGGGUGCAGUCUAAGGCGGGACGCAGUCCGGGGGCCACCGUCACAAGCUGCAUACAACAACCUAGAGUUGUCAAGAUUAAUGUUUCUAGAAUGUGAGGUGACUUCAAAAAAAAAAUUAAUCACUUCCUGGCCCGGCGCGGUUGCCUGUAAUCCUAGCACUUUGGGAGGCCGAGAUGGGAGGAGCGCUUGAACCCAGGAGUUCCAGACUAGGCUAAGCAACAUGGUGAGACCUCCUCUCUACAAAAUAAAAAUCAGCCAAGCAUGGUCGCGCGCCGUAGUUCCAGCUACUCGGAGGCUGAGGUGGGAAGAUCCCCCCAGACUGCCGUGAGCCGUUAUUGCGCCACUGCACUCAGGCCUAGGCGACAGAGCGAGACCCUGUCCCCCACGCCCAAAAAAUCAUACUUCCUGAGGGAACAGUUCAAACUAAACAUCCCACUUUGUGCUUAACUUUACAUUUGUGCGUAACUUUACAUUCAAUCCAUCAUCACCUCAAGAACAAAAUGUUCUUUCUCCGCCUCAAACAUGGAGGACAGAAAAACACAAGUUCUCUCAAACCCAGCAAGCACGCUGUUUUCCUGAGACGGAAAAGAGGGAUAACAGCCGCUACUGCGCACAGCCUGUAGGGGAGGACGGCAGCCAGGAAAGGCCAAACUUAGCCGCAGUAGCGCCGGGGCGCGCUUGCGGCCCACAGCGUCCCACGUCAGCCUUGCCCCGGCAGAGCUUCACGAGAGGAAAGGCGGGAUUCAGGGUAGGCGCGUACCCUACGAAGACGAAACGAACUUUUAAGACAACUAGAGGAGCUCGCCCCCUGCCUGUGACAGCUUAGGGUCGCCUACUUUUUGUGGACACACUGCCGUCCACGGAGUCCCGAGGCCGCCUGCAGUUUCCUUGCGUCCCUGUGAGACGCACGGUGGCGCAAUUCCCAAGCGUACCAAUCCCGGGCUGGCUGGAGGGCGGGCUCUUCAAAUUUGAAUUGCGGAAGUGUUUUUUGUGUUAGAGAACCUCGCGGAGGCGGUAAGCGUCGCUUGGCGCCUGGCCGCCGCGGGCAGGGUCCACCGUGGGCCUGAGGCGCGAGCCCGGCGGCGUCCGGCCCUUCCUUCGCGCGGAGCCGAGCCGGGACUGCGGCAGUCUCUCCCUGCCAGGCUCUUCACCCAAGAAUAACAAGUGGGAAAAUUGUAUUCCUCAGUACCCAGCUCUUCUCCUUGGGACCCCAGGACCCACAGGGCUAUAGAAGCAAUUGAUCAUUCAGCCUAUGUUUUCUUCUGGUUAAAUUGCAUACUUGUUGCAAACAUCUUUAGAUGUUAAUAAAAUUAUUUAGAAAAUGGUCGGGCGCGGUGGCACACGCCUGUGAUCCCACACUUUGGGAGACCGAGGCGGGUGGAUCUUUUGAGCUCAGGAGUUCAAGAAAAUGGUUUCUGUGGAUCCCUUCUGAAGUUCCAUCUGAAAAUUGUGCUUAAGUGGAUUUUCUGUUAGAAGAACUUGGUUGCUACUCCCUUGUCAAGAUGAUUGCAACACCUUUGAAACAUUCAAGAAUUUACUUACCUCCAGAGACAUCUUCUCAAAGGAGAAAUCUACCCAUGGAUGCAAUCUUUUUUGACAGCAUUCCUUCAGGCACACUUACUCCUGUAAAAGAUUUGGUGAAAUAUCAGAACUCCUCUUUAAAAUUGAAUGACCAUAAAAAGAAUCAGUUCCUAAAAAUGACAACUUUUAACAAUAAAAAUAUAUUUCAGUCAACUAUGCUAACAGAGGCUACUACCUCUAACAGUUCUCUUGAUAUCAGUGCUAUAAAGCCCAACAAGGGUGGAUUAAAAAAUAAAGCAAACUAUGAAUCACCAGGAAAAAUAUUUCUAAGAAUGAAAGAAAAAAUACUGCGUGACAAGCAAGAACAGCCAUCAAGAAACAGUAGUUUGUUGGAACCACAGAAAAGUGGAAAUAAUGAAACCUUCACUCCUAACAGAGUUGAAAAAAAAAUAUUGCAGCAUACCUACCUAUGUGAAGAAAAGGAAAACAACAAAUCAUUCCAGUCAGAUGACAGUUCACUAAGAGCCUCAGUCCAAGGAGUUCCUCUAGAAUCAUCAAAUAAUGACAUUUUCCUCCCGGUCAAACAAAAAAUUCAGUGCCAGCAGGAAAAGAAAGCACCACUGCACAAUUUAACUUACGAACUUCCAACUCUGAACCAAGAACAGGAAAAUUUUUUGGCUGCAGAAGACCCAAACAAUACAUUAACCAGAGCUCAGUUGGCUAAACAAAUUUUUCACUCAAAGGAGAGUAUAGUUGCAACCACUGAGUCCAAAAAGGAUACGUUUGUUUUAGAAAGUGUUGAUUCUGCUGAUGAACAAUUUCAAAAUACUAAUGCUGAGACUCUCAGUACUAAUUGUGUUCCUAUUAAAAAUGGCAGUCUGUUAAUGGUUUCUGAUAGUGAGAGGACAACAGAAGGGACUUCGCAACAGAAAGUUAAGGAAGGAAAUGGAAAAACAGUGCCUGGAGAGACGGGUCUUCCAGGUUCCACGAAAGAUACAUGUAAAAUUGUACUUGCAACACCAAGACUUCAUAUAACAAUACCUCGGAGAUCAAAAAGAAAUGUUUCAAAGCUUUCUCCUCCAAGCAUAUUUCAAACUGUUACAAAUGGAGUUAAAAAAAAUCAGGUAGUUCAGCUACAGGAAUGGAUGAUUAAAAGCAUCAAUAAUAAUACUGCUAUAUGUGUAGAAGGAAAAUUGAUAGACAUCACUAACAUAUAUUGGCACAGUAAUGUAAUUAUAGAGCGGAUUGAGCACAACAAACUUAGGACUAUAUCAGGCAACGUUUAUAUAUUAAAAGGCAUGAUAGACCAAAUUUCCAUGAAAGAAGCAGGAUAUCCAAAUUAUCUCAUAAGGAAAUUUAUGUUUGGAUUUCCAGAAAAUUGGAAAGAGCACAUUGAUAAUUUUCUGGAACAAUUAAGGGCUGGUGAAAAGAACAGGAAAAAGACCAAACAAAAACAGAAAACUGGAAGAUCUGCCCGUGACAUAAGGAAAUCAAUGAAAAAUGAUGCACGAGAAAAUCAAACAGAUACCGCUCAAAGAGCCACCACCACUUACGAUUUUGAUUGUGAUAACUUGGAACUGAAGAGUAAUAAGCACAGUGAGUCACCAGGAGCUACAGAAUUAAACAUGUGCCACAGUAAUUGCCAAAAUAAACCAACAUUAAGGUUCCCAGAUGACCAAAUAAAUAAUACUAUUCAAAAUGGAGGAGGAGAUGACUUAUCUAAUCAGGAGUUAACUGGAAAAAAAGAAUAUAAAAUGUCUUCAAAGAAACUAAAAAUUGGUGAAAGAACAAAUGAAAGGAUAAUAAGUCAGAAGCAAGAGACAACUGAAGAAUUGGAUGUAUCCAUUGAUAUUCUAACCUCAAGGGAACAGUUUUUCUCAGAUGAAGAAAGAAAAUACAUGGCCAUCAAUCAGAAGAAAGCUUAUAUUUUAGUAACACCACUUAAAUCUAGAAAAGUGAUAGAGCAAAGAUGCAUGAGGUAUAAUCUGUCUGCUGGCACCAUCAAAGCAGUAACAGAUUUUGUAAUACCAGAGUGUCAAAAAAAAAGUCCCAUCAGCAAGUCCACGGGGACUUUAGAAAAUACAUUUGAAGGUCAUAAAAGUAAAAACAAGGAAGAUUGUGAUGAAUGUGACUUACUUACUGUCAACCAGAAAAUAAAAAUAUCUAACCUUGAAAAGGAACAAAUGCUCACCUCUGACUUUAAGAAAAAUACCAGACUAUUACCAAAAUUGAAGAAAAUAGAAAAUCAGGUAGCUAUGUCAUUUUAUAAGCAUCAGUCCUCACCAGAUUUGUCAAGUGAAGAAAGUGAAACAGAAAAGGAAAUUAAAAGGAAAGCUGAAGUUAAGAAAACCAAAGCAAGAAACACCAAAGAAGCAGUGGUUCACCUGAGAAAGAGCACAAGAAACACAAGUAAUAUUCCAGUGAUUUUGGAACCUGAAACUGAAGAAAGUGAAAAUGAAUUUUAUAUCAAACAAAAGAAAGCUAGACCUUCCGUCAAAGAAACUCUUCAGAAGUCUGGUGUUAGGAAAGAGUUUCCAAUUACUGAGGCAGUAGGAUCUGAUAAGACAAAUAGGCAUCCCUUAGAAUGCUUACCUGGUUUAAUUCAGGAUAAGGAAUGGAAUGAGGAGGAGUUACAGAAACUUCAUUGUGCUUUUGCAUCUCUUCCAAAGCACAAACCUGGUUUCUGGUCAGAUGUAGCUGCGGCUGUAGGUUCUCGAUCUGCUGAAGAAUGCCAGAGGAAAUACAUGGAAAAUCCCAGAGGAAAAGGAUCACAGAAACAUGUCACUAAGAAGAAGCCAGCCAAUUCCAAAGGCCAAAAUGGCAAGAGAGGUGAUGCUGAUCAGAAACAAACUAUUAAGAUAACUGCCAAAGUGGGAACUCUUAAAAGGAAGCAACAGAUGAGGGAAUUUCUGGAACAGUUGCCAAAAGAUGACCAUGAUGAUUUUUUCAGUACAACACCUUUACAGCAUCAAAGAAUACUGUUGCCAAGUUUCCAGGACAGUGAAGAUGAUGAUGAUGAUAUUCUGCCAAAUAUGGACAAAAAUCCAACAACUCCAUCAUCAGUUAUCUUUCCAUUGGUAAAAACUCCUCAAUGUCAGCAUGUCAGUCCUGGCAUGCUAGCUUCUAUAAAUAGGAAUGACUGUGAUAAAUAUGUUUUUCGUAUGCAAAAAUAUCAUAAAAGUAAUGGUGGUAUUGUCUGGGGCAACAUCAAGAAAAAAUUAGUUGAAACUGAUUUCUCAACUCCACCACCAAGAAGGAAAACCCCAUUUAACACAGAUUUAGGAGAAAACUCUGGUAUUGGAAAACUUUUCACUAAUGCUGUGGAAUCUUUAGAUGAAGAAGAGAAAGAUUAUUAUUUUUCAAACUCUGAUUCUGCAUAGUAAAAUGAGAAAAUAUGAUUCCUGGGAUUUUUACCAUAAAGCAGACAGUGUGUUUGUAUUUUCAACUGGAGUACAUGUAUUUUCUUUGUAAAGUAGCUUCCUAUGAAAAUGUGGACUUUUUUGAAGGUUUCAUGUGUUUGUGUUCAAAAUAUCCUCAUUGCUACAGCUUACUAAAAAUGUAAAGAAAAUUGUUUUUGCUCGUGUAGAUAUCUGUAAAUUUCUGUUUUUGCAUAUUAAAAUAUAUAUAGAUAAUUUUUUAAUAAGCAUCCAAGUCUGUUUACUUUAAGAAAAUCAUUUCCUAAGCAGAUUUUUUUUUUUUAUUUCAAGAAAAUUUUGCUACCAUUUAAGUAAGAGAAGGUGAGAAGGAUGACAGAGGUUGUAUUGGUAGCUAUCGAAUUCAUGAAAACUUUUAAGUUAGCAUUUGUUACCAGUUAUUAUCCAAGCCAGAGUAGGAUUUGUUACCAGUUGUUAUCCAAGCCUAAUGUUUAAAUUACACAUUGUUGGAAUUAAAUUACACAUUGUUGACAUGCUUCUCUCUUGAUUGUUUUUAUUUUAAACUUGUGAUAGGCAUAUCUAUGAAACCUAUGUAAAUUUAGUUUAUUGCUUUGCCAUUAUUUUACUAGGUAAAAUUAGAGAACAGAUUUUGUUCUCUAAUUUUUAAGCCUUAUUUACAUAUGCAGAAACAGCUUAAAUAUUUUGACUAGAUUAGACAAACAGUUAAUAGAUCCACCAUUAGGAAUCAAUAUAUUAUGUCAUAAUAAACAUCCUUUUUCUUUCACUGAAAUUUCUUUUAGAAAUAAACUUAUUUUCGCUUGUUAUGUUUUGAAACUUGACAUAGGAUAUUUUCCCUCUGGCUACACAUUCACCUACCCUUGUUCUCUAUUUAGAUUAUUCAAAUAAAGUUAGUUUGCUUUUAUAG